ACUCUACCCCCCUUCUUUUUUUUCCUUUUUCUCUAUUUGAUAUGAUAUAUAUAUUACAAAAAACAUUAUUCUUUUUACUAUCGAAAAAUUAUCCGUAAAAAUGGGAAGAGGAAGAGUCCAGUUGAAGCGAAUAGAGAACAAAAUUAACCGUCAAGUGACUUUCUCGAAACGUCGAUCUGGUUUGCUGAAGAAAGCUCAUGAGAUCUCUGUGCUUUGUGAUGCUGAGGUUGGUUUGAUUGUUUUUUCCACUAAAGGAAAACUCUUUGAAUAUGCCAAUGAUUCAUGCAUGGAGAGGUUACUUGAAAGAUAUGAAAGAUACUCAUUUGCUGAGAGGCAGCUUGUUCCUACUGAUCAUACAUCCCCGGGAAGCUGGACUCUGGAACAUGCAAAACUUAAGGCCAGACUUGAGGUUCUGCAGAGGAACCAAAAGCAUUAUGUGGGAGAAGAUUUGGAGUCGUUAACUAUGAAAGAACUUCAGAAUCUUGAACACCAGCUUGAUUCUGCUCUUAAACACAUUCGAUCAAGAAAGAACCAAUUGAUGCAUGAGUCCAUUUCUUUGCUUCAAAAACAGGACAGAGCAUUGCAGGAGCAAAACAACCAGCUUUCCAAGAAGGUGAAGGAGAGGGAGAAAGAAGUGGCACAGCAAAAUCAGUGGGAUCAGCAGAACCAUGAAAUCAACUCAUCUACAUUUGUUUUGCCACAACAAUUGGACUCUCCUCACCUUGGGGAAGCAUACCAGAAUACUAAUGUAGUAGAUAAUGGAGAAGUGGAAGGAGGUAAUUCUUCACAGCAGCAAGGUGCAGCUAAUAAUACUGUGAUGCCACAGUGGAUGCUUCGCCAUCUUAAUGGUUAAAAGUACCACUAAUACUUGAUGGUCACUAUCAAUAUAAUUACCUAUAUAUAUAUAUAUAUAUUGAUGCCACAAUAUAUUGUCUAAACGUACCUUCAAAGACAUGCCACAAUAUAGAUGAAUUAUUGUAAAACAUUAUAGUAUAUGUUUAAAUGAACUUAAAUGUAUGAUUUCCGCUACAACAAAUAAAGGAUUUUGCAGUUGUUAUAUAAUAGUUUUUAUAUUAUAUUUAGCUAUAAUAAUAAAUAUGAGUAUUUGUAAUUAA